GAAUAGUAACCACGUACAUUCAAAAAAGCCUUGUCUUGUUGAGUCCGAUCAUAACAAUGUUACCGAUUUAAAAACAAAGGAAGGAAAUAACAAUUCAUCUUUGUCUCAGUCAGGUCUAUCUUCUAAUUUCAGUUCUAAUGAAGGUGUUGUUGAUUCUGAAUAUUUUAAUGCUCAAGAGUCAUUAACCAAAAAAGAACGAUACCGAAUACAUUAUUCAUGGGAGAACGUUAUUGAUCAGAUUGAUUUUAGGUCUACCUCUAAAGAUGAUUGGGUCUAUGAGACUUAUAAUCUCUCUUCAGAGUUCCGAAAAUUUCAAAAAUUGACAAUUGAACAGAUUAAAAAAAAUCCAAUCCUAUGCUAUAAAGCUGAUAUCCAAAAAAUUCUGUCUCUUUCGAAUAUAAUGCUCAUAGAACACAUAAAACCAUCGUUUCUUACAGUCACACAAACUAUUUGGGACCAAAUCUAUCAAAGAAAAUUACCACCGAGUUUGGCACCAGUGGUAACUAAUAUAGCUCUUGAAUAUUCUUCUAUGUUAAAUUCGUUUACACCAUUAAAUGUUAUUCAAGAUACGUGGUGCAAUAACUUUUCCAAGAUUGCAGGGUUGACUGAUCAGGAAGAUAAAGACAAAUUUUGUCAAGCUCAAAUUAUUUUUCGAAAUUUUUUAUUGCUAAGAACAAAAUGCGUGAAUACCAAUAAUGAGGAUACCUUUGUUCAUGAAACUUUGCAUGAUUUACUUAAAGAGAUUUUCCGUGAUUCAAUGUUUGAGUUAAUCUGGGCGAACAGUGAAAGUCUUGUUUCAAAAAAUCAGCGGUCUAACAGUUCUAGCAACAAAGAAAACCUUCGAGGCGAAAAGCCAGAUUUUAAAAUUGUGGCCAAUACAAAAGAAGAGAUCCUUUUUGGUGAAGUCAAGACAAAAGACUCAUCAUCUUUAUUGGUUAAUAAAGAUUUUGUCAAACUCUCCAAUUUUCAAUCAAGUGCCUUAGAUGAGUUGAUCAAAAAAUAUGGAAACAGGAGUGGCUUGACUUCUUUUGGUAUUUGGAUUUGUGGUGAGUGGUUAAAUUUGGCAUAUCUUUUUAAUGCAUUUAUUAAUAUGCUUUGGAUUGCAUUUAUAGGUGCACGUAUCCGCAUAUAUGAAAUGGAUAUAAACCAUGACGGAAUAUAUAGAAUGUUCUUGAUGGCAAAUGUAGUGACACCAACAGAACAAGCACAAUUCUUAUGUUUAAUACCAGUGUUAGAAGCAUUGUAUAAUGUUAAAGAUCAUAUUAACAAGGUAUUGAAAGUAAUCGCAUCUGAUACAUCAUCUGAUACAUCAUCUAGCUCAUCACGUUCUACUUAUACCAGAAUUCCCAUCCCUUCACCAAAAUUAAUCAAGAUUGCUAUUAUUGGCUCAAAGUCAAAUUAA